AAUAUUCAUGCCACUUCUCGAGACUCGAGAGGAGAAAACAGAACGAUAGCCAACCUCUAUUGGCCCUUUGUUAUCACAUCAACUGCCGUAAAUAUGCCGCGUACGAGGAAGAACAGGAUUUGGCGUCAUUUCAAGAAAAUAAAUGAGAAUAUGGCGCAAUGUAAUUUGUGCACCAAAUUCAUCGUGUUCUCUGACCUGCUACGUCACAUGGAACUACACAAAAAUAAUGCUACGAACAGAAAGGACAACGAGCCCAAAGAAUCGCAAUCCAUGAAGAGGAAGAGGUCUAUUGAGCACACUUACAAAUUUCACAGGCUGAAGACAAACAACGCUGACACUGAGACUUCAGCUGGAGCUGGAACAAGUUACGAAACUAAAGUUGAGGCAAUAUCACCUCCUAUACAAGUGAGUGCAUCACCUAAAGUUGCAACUUUUGAGAGAAUAUCUAAUUAUGAUGAUGGUGAUUGUCAAGCCCAGAUACUGGAUGCCAUUCUCUAUUUUAUCUGCGCUGACCACCGACCACUUAAUAUCGUUCAAUGUAAGGGAUUCAAGUAUCUGAUAAAGAAACUGGUGCCUCUUUACAAAAUUCCUAAUAAAACUGCGAUCAAGAGAAGACUCGAUAUAAAAUAUGAUACAGUAGCCCAGAUUUUCAAACAAAAGCUGAAUGAAGCUUCACAUGUGACUAUUACUUUAGAUACCUGGUCCGAAGUAGGAUCAUCCAAAAGUUUCUUGGGAGUCACAGUACAUUUCAUAGAAGCGAAUGGAGUCAGAAAGAUAGAAUCAGGAAAUAUUGCAGUUUUCGAAUUGCUUGAAUGCUGUGUAGAUUAUACAACACAUGCAAUCCUGAGUAUUCUGACAAAAUGGGACAUUGAUAUUGAUAAAGUUGUAGCAGUUGUGACCAACAACGAAUCAAAUAUAGUUAGUACUGUCACACAAAUAUUUAGUCAGGACAAGCACAUAAUGUGUUUUGCUCAUACUAUCAAUUUGGUGGCAGAGAACUCUAUAAAGAACUGCGAAGGUCUUUAUUACCUCGUUAAUAAAGUUAGAUCAGUCGUAAAAUUUGUAAAAAGUAGCACCGAGCUAACUAACGAGCUGUAUCAGUAUCAAAUCAACUUAGGUACAUCCGAAGAUGAAAUAAAGAAACUCAUUUUGGAUGCCAAUAUAAAGUGGAACAGCACAAUCUACAUGAUAGAACGAUUUCUCGAGAUAUCGAACGUGAUCGAAAAAGUUCUAUUUACAAACGAUAAGGUGGUUUUUUCAAAUCCUGAGAUGCCGACCGCCGACGAGUUAAAAACGUUGAAGGAGAUACUGGAUCUGUUGAAACCAUUAGAAUUCGUGGCGCAGGAAUGUUCGACCGAAAAUUAUAUCAAGGUGUCAAAGAUAAUACCGCUCAUCAAGUGCACUAUACUCGAGUACCAGAACACUCUGAACACUAAACUGACGAUGGCGUUGUCGGCAAAUCUGAAAGUAACUAUCCUGGCAGAAUUGGAGAAGUGGUUUGGACAAAUAGAGUUUGACAAUCUGAUUUCUAUCGCCACCAUACUGGAUCCCCGCUUUAAGACCGUACAUUUUUGGAACGAGAAGGCUUUGGCCAACGCCACGUGCCUGUUACGCGACAUGAUAAAUAAAUUAUCUAGUUCAUCCGACGAGCUCGAUGUCAAUUCACAGGAAGUAACCAACUACAAUCUUUGGAUCCAUCAUAAAUUUUUGACGUACAAGGAAGGAGAUACGCCUCCGAAAGAUGAGUUGUCUUCGUACCUGGUUAGUCCGCUAGUGUCCUUGAAGGACGAUCCUUUAAAGACAUGGGAGAGCAUGAAGAUGCUGUAUCCCACAUUGUACAUAUUAGCGACAAAAUAUCUAUCAAUUGUGGCCACAUCAAUCCCAGCAGAGAGAUUGUUCUCAAAAACGGGAAUUGCAGCAGUCCAGUCAAGGAACCGACUGGCCGGUAAACGUUUAAACAAAUUAUUGUUUUUGAAUUCGGUAAAUCAAGAAUACUGGUUUUAAGAAAUCAUCGACACUUGAUUUUGUUACUGAUAAUGGUGACGAUUGCAUAUAUAUAUUUUUUGUUCUACAUGGCUAUACGUAACAUUGUUCAAGUUCCCCGAUUAAGGAAAAUGAUUUUAUUACAAUAUAAUAUAUUAUAAUUAUUUUCAUAUAUAUAUUUUUCUAAUCUAGUCAUAUAUUUUUCUAUUAAACCAUUGCUUUGAUUAGAAACAUGGCUUUUCAUUUUAUUGUAGACUAUUAUUUCAGUUCCUCUGAAGAAAGAUUACUCAUGUAAAUUCUGAUCAAGCAUCUGUACUUGCAUAUUUUCAAAGUUCCAAACAAGUAAAAAAAAUUGCCCACACGAGUAUCGACGUGACAAAUUCAAUAAUAAAUUCAAAUAUAUAUUUAUAUGAUGAUAUUUUUGGUAAAGAUGUUCAACGUCAUCGAUACUUCAGUUUCCUUCAAGUAUCAAUAACGUAAGCGAAAGCGUUCUGAAUCAGGCGUUCUUAUUCAGCUUCUGCGAUACUUUGCGACUCGCAGAUGCCGCUUGAGAUCGUUCGAGGAAACGAAUUGCUAAGACCCUGCAGAUUGACGGUGAUUGAGUCUACAUUACAAAGGCCUUGAAGGCGUUUAACGCGCCGGCAUCGCGUCGUUUGUAUGAUCUGCAAAAAGCUUCUCUCGCCAUUCGAUUAGCCUCCUUGCGGGCAUCAAAUCUAACGGCUCCAUACAGA